AACAUGAUGUGUCCGGGGAUGUUAUCUUAUAUGAUGGAUUUUACAGUUCAAAGGACUGACGUCUGAGCUAAUGGGAUGUCUGACAUAGAAGUACAUGACAUCAGAGCUACAUAUUGAUGGAACUUUUGGUUAGUCAAAUUCAUGAGACAUCGCUCAAUCCAGAAGAAUGACAGGGCACUCAGAGGAAGAAACAACAUCUAUGUCCAUGAAGGAGGGCAGAGAAAAACGUGUAUCAUUUCCCCCAGACGAGGAGAUGGUGUCUGACUUUGUGGAGAACAGGGUUCAACUUCAAGAGGCUGACAGUCUCAGUCUGACAGAUAUAAUUCUGGCCUACAAGCAGAGCUGUGAAAAGCACCAGGUGAAACCAAACACAAAGGCUCUUGAUCAAUUAAAGCAAAUUACUUGUGUUACCGACAGAGCCAGGUGUUUUGACCUGUCAGGUGAACGGUUAGAUUAUUGCUCCUGUGAAUCUCUUGAAGAGAUCCUGAAAUCAGUGCAAUUUGAUUUUAUCAGCCUGCAGGGGGCCGAGCUGGAGGAAAAUGGAGCAUCAUCUUUGCUGGAUAUGUUUUUGUACUACGAAUCAGCUACGCACCUCAACAUGUCCUCAAACUCAGGAAUGGGAUACUCAGGUUGGCUUUCACUGUCACACCUCCUCCGACGGAGUGGAUGCCUGUGGAGGCUGGAUGCCUGCAACGUGCCUAUGGUGGACUACGCCGCACAGGCCUUGUCAAAAGCCCUUCUCACCAGCAGGCUGACAGUGCUGCACCUUGAAAACACCUGCCUGAGCGGCAAACCUCUCUUCACACUUGUCGGUGCUCUGAAAAGGAACAGCGCUUUGCAGGAGCUUUACCUCUCUGAAAACAAGCUUAACGGCUACCAGGACUCCAUGCAACUUGCAGACCUCCUUAAAUACAACAACACUCUUAGAGCCUUGGACCUAAGCAACAAUGCCACGUCUGACUCAGGUUUGGAGGAGAUUUGUGAUGCUUUGAGGUUUCAGAAGACUGGUUUGAGAACGCUGAUACUGAGUAACAAUCAUAUCACUCAUCGUGGCAUGAGCCAUUUACAGAAUGUUCUGCCCCACUUAAAAACCCUCGAAACAUUAAACCUUGGAAAAAACAACCUUGAGAACAGAGGCAUUCACACGCUAAAGGAGUCCCUCAUGAUCAAUCGCUCUUUAUUGCAACUUGGCCUAGCUGCCACAGGAAUAACAUGCGAGGGUAGGGUUCGUAAUAUUGCUUUUCUAAAUUUCUACCUCUUUGGCACAUUCUCUCUUUAUAGAUUUCCUUUUUUUCUGGAGUUUAUUUCUGUUUCACCUUAUAACUAAGCCUGUAUUUUCUACCCAUGGUGCCAGGUGCUGUGACUUUGGCUGAGAUCCUUGCAGAAAGUCGACAUAUCCAGCGGUUGGACGUACGGCAGAAUCAUGUGCUUGCUGGGGGCCUCAUGGCUUUCUCAUUGGCCUUAAAGAUCAACCGUUCACUCAUCAGACUGGAUUUGGACCAACACGUGAAAGAGGAAAAGGAGGUCUUCCUGGUGGAAACGCAGAAGACUCUGCUGAGCAG